AUGCUCGAUAGUGGCAAGGCAGACGAAGAAGAGGAGGCGUUACUCACUCUGUGGACGUUGAGUUUUGAUCAGGAAAAUAGGAUUCGUAUUGAACAAGAGUUUGGUCCACUUUUGGAAACGGUACAGCACAAAUUGUAUUCCACCUCGCAAGCAGUCGGUCUAAACGAUAAAUCAGAAUGCAGUUCCAAUGAACCUGUCACUCAAAAUGUAGCCGCUGAUUUCGUGACAUCAGAGUUGGAACAGGAAGACGAUCUCGAAGAGUUGAUGAACCGUCGAAAGCGGCAGACCACUGCGGCAAUGAGAGCAUUAAAGGGAUUAAUUUGGCAACUCGGCUCAUCAGAAGCGAAACAGUCACGUGAACAGAAAGCUGAUUCAACUGAAUUGACGGGAAAGCACGUGAUGAUCAGCUAUAAUCAUCAACACAAACACAUUGCUUCAGAGAUCGCUCAACGGUUGCGGCAGAAGGAUUUCAAGGUAUGGAUUGAUUCGGACUGCAUGAGGUCCGUCGACGACCUGAUGGACGGAAUGGCUAUGGCAGUGGAAAACGCAUUCGUCGUCCUCAUUCUAUUCUCCAAAGCUUACCAGGACAGUCCAAACACACGCAGUGCUUAUAGACCCAAUGGUUGGCUUGGAAUCAUGUUGGGAGCCCGCAUUUACUUGGAUUUCUCCGGAAAAUACCCAUUCGAGAAAAAAUUUGAAGAACUGCUUUUCUCUCUGAAUAAAGUUGCAAACAAAAACCCAGAAAAUGCUGACAGUACUACACAAUCCAUAUCUCCAACUAAAUGUGUUGAACCGUCGCAGUCAGAACCCAAAUCCCCGGAGACCACAAACGUCACCAAACCCGAAACUGCAGGACCACCUUCAUUCUCCAAAUGGGGUGAAGAAGAAACCUCUGAGUGGUUGAAACGGUCCAACGCAGAAUGGCACGGCCAAGAAGCACUGACCGGAGGUCAUUUGUUGUUUCUCAGUAAACUGGCCAAAGACUCACCGGAGUUCUUUUACGAAACACUGAAGAAUUUUGGCGGUUUAUCCAACUUGACAAUGCUGAUGAAUUUCACUACGGCAUUGCAUCAGCUGUCAUCGUGA